AUGUCGUGCUGUAACAAGGCAACCACCGCUUCCGUCGCGAAGCAGACGUCGUGCUGCGGGCCGAAAGCUUCCGCCGCUUCGUCGAAAGCUAAGCCGGCAACCUCAUCAUGCUGCGGGCCUAAGACUGUUCCCGCUCCGGCUGAGCCUGCUAAGAGCAGCUGCUGCGGCCCUAAAUCCGCCGCGCCUCCCGCCGCCGCGACCGGCGCUGGAAGCGACGUGACGCAUGCUGACGUGAGCGAGUAUUACGGGAAGACGGUGCAGCAGCAGACGGAUCUGCAGACGUCAGCGUGUCUGGUGAAAGGCGGCCUGGGAGCGGACAUUCGCCGCCUGCUCGGCAACGUCCACGAUGAGAUCUUGUCGAAAUUCUACGGCUGUGGAUCGCCCAUCCCUCCUCUGCUCAAGGGCUGCACGGUGCUUGACCUGGGGUGCGGAACAGGGCGGGAUGUCUACGUGGCAGCUCAGCUGGUGGGGCCCACAGGCCAGGUCAUUGGCAUCGACAUGACAGACGAGCAGCUGGCAGUGGCACGGAAGCACGAGGAGUAUCAUCGGGAGAAGUUUGGCUUUGACAAGUCCAACGUCUCGUUCCGGAAGGGGUUUAUAGAGGAUCUCAAGGCUGCUAAUGUCGAGGAUAGCUCGGUCGAUGUGGUGUUGUCCAACUGUGUCAUCAACCUCGCCCCCAGCAAGGUGCCUGUGAUCGCUGAGAUCGCCCGUGUGCUCAAGACGGGCGGUGAGCUCUACUUCUCGGACGUGUUUGCCGACCGGAGAAUCCCCAAGCACCUGCAACAGGACAAGGUACUCUUCGGUGAGUGUCUCAGUGGAGCUCUCUAUUUGGAGGAUUUCCGCCGCCUCAUGGCCUCGGUGGGUCUGGGUGGGUGGGGAGUGGUGGAGGCUCGAGAGCUUGACGUGGAAAAUCCAGACAUUGCCGCCCGCGUCGGCCCAAUUCGAUUCUACAGCCUGACCGUUCGUGCUGUGAAGCUGCCCUCGGGGGCGGGUGACGGGGAGGGUGAGGACCUGCCCGAGAAUUACGGGCAGACGGCGACUUAUUCCGGGUCUAUUCCAGGGCAAGAAGGGGAAUUUACCCUGGACGAUGUGAGAAUUUUCAAGACGGGUGUGGCGACGCCUGUGGAUGCUACAACUGCUGCCAUGCUGACUGUAUCGCGCUACAGCAGUGCAUUCACUGUUUCUGAGAAGGGGGCUCACCAGGGGCCCUUUACUGCGUGGUCAAGCCGCCCCUGCAUCAACCGCGCCUGCCCUCGUGCAGCCGCACCUGCUUCACCUGCGCCUGCCCUCGUGCAGCCGCCCUUGCUUCACCCGAGCCUGCACUCGUGCAGCCGCCCUGCAUCACCCGCGUCUGCCCUCGUGCAGCCGCCCCUGCGUCGCCCGCGCCUGCCCUCGUGCAGCCGCUCCUGCCUCACCCGCGCAUGCCCUCGUGCAGCCGCCCCUGCAUCAACCGCGCCUGCCCUCGUGCAGCCGCACCUGCUUCACCUGCGCCUGCCCUCGUGCAGCCGCCCCUGCUUCACCCGAGCCUGCCCUCGUGCAGCCGCCCCAGCCUCACCCGCGUCUGCCCUCGUGCAGCCGCCCUGCAUCACCCGCGUCUGCCCUCGUGCAGCCGCCCCUGCGUCGUCCGCGCCUGCCCUCGUGCAGCCGCCCCAACCUCACCCGCGCCUGCCCUCGUGCGGCCGCCCUGCAUCACCCGCGUCUGCCCUCGUGCAGCCGCCCCUGCAUCAACCGCGCCUGCCCUCGUGCAGCCGCACCUGCUUCACCCGCGUCUGCCCUCGUGCAGCCGCCCCUGCAACACCCGCGCCUGCCCUCGUGCAGCCGCCCCUGCCUCACCCGCGCCUGCCCUCGUGCGGCCGCCCUGCAUCACCCGCGUCUGCCCUCGUGCAGCCACCCUGCAUCACCCGCGUCUGCCCUCGUGCAGCCGCCCCUGCAUCAACCGCGCCUGCCCUCGUGCAGCCGCACCUGCUUCACCUGCGCCUGCCCUCGUGCAGCCGCCCCUGCUUCACCCGAGCCUGCACUCGUGCAGCCGCCCUGCAUCACCCGCGUCUGCCCUCGUGCAGCCGCCCCUGCGUCGCCCGCGCCUGCCCUCGUGCAGCCGCACCUGCUUCACCCGCGUCUGCCCUCGUGCAGCCGCCCCUGCAACACCCGCGCCUGCCCUCGUGCAGCCGCCCCUGCCUCACCCGCGCCUGCCCUCGUGCGGCCGCCCUGCAUCACCCGCGUCUGCCCUCGUGCAGCCGCCCUGCAUCACCCGCGUCUGCCCUCGUGCAGCCGCCCCUGCGUCGCCCGCGCCUGCCCUCGUGCAGCCGCUCCUACCUCACCCGCGCCUGCCCUCGUGCGGCCGCCCUGCAUCACCCGCCCCCUGUCCCUCUGAGGGGGGGGGGGGGAGGAGAUUAA